CAUGGCGCAAACAUUCGAGUUGUGCGUUUUGUUACUCCUGUAUCUUUUAGGGUUUUCUCCAGUACGGUGGAAUUUAGUAGCAGCUGAAACCAACCAAAGUUACUGCCCCAGUGCUUGCACGUGUAGUGGAUACGCUUUUACCGUGAGAGCCGACUGUUCAGGACAGAAUUUACAUGGAAUUCCGUCCGACUUGAGUUCAUUCACUGUUCAGCUGGACCUGAGUGUUAAUCAGAUCACCAGACUUCCUGACUUUGCUUUCUCUCAGUAUAAAUUCUUGGAGGAGCUUCGAUUGGAUGGCAACUGUUUGUCUUGGUUGCCAGCUCAGGCUUUUACUGGGAUACUGCACCUGAAAACUCUGCAUCUUCAAGGCAACCAGUUCACUGAUGUCCCUAGCAAAGCUUUGGAAAGCCUGUACUUUUUACAACAACUACAUUUGGAUGCCAACCAAAUUCUCACUGUUCCUGCAGACGCCUUCUAUAACAUGCCAUACCUAAAGCAGUUGUGGUUGGAUGCUAAUGAAUUGACAGCUGUCCCUAGAGAGGCACUCAGCAGACUUCCAGCUCUGGAGGCACUGACAUUAGCUGUUAACAAUAUCACUCAGGUAGAGGCUCACUCUUUUGCCAAUAACAGGAAACUGGUUGUAUUAUUGCUGCACACAAAUAACAUAGGUAUAAUAGAUGAAAAGGCAUUUGGAGGAUUAGCAGAUUUGAAAACGCUGGAGCUGCAGAACAAUAAGUUGAAGAGUGUCCCCAUGGCCUUGAGGGAUCUGCCACAGUUGACAGAACUAGAUCUUAGUGGGAACAAAAUCAACCAUAUUCCUGAUGGAGCUUUUACAUCAAAUAAGGAGUUGAAGCUGAUCCACCUGUCUGGCAACCCUAUUCUUUCUCUAGGAACAUUUGCAUUUACUCAGCUGCCAUAUUUGGAAAAACUAGUAAUUGCCCAUAUUAAAGAACAGAAGGAGUUUCCAUCUUUACAAGGCACUGGGAAGAUCAAUACCUUGAAGCUCAGUGGAGGAAGAAUUGACAAGGUUCCUGAAAACCUUUGUGAUUUGAUUCCUGGCCUGACAUCUCUAGAUCUGCAUUCAAACAAGAUCAAAAAUUUACCAGACCUCUCCAGUUGUACAAAACUGAAGAUUCUGAACUUUGCUGAAAAUGAAAUAAGCAGUUUGGAAAGCACACCCUUCAGGAAUCUGCAUAAGUUGACAGACCUUAACAUCUCAAACAAUUUACUCACAGAGCUACAGUUUGACGCUUUUCAUGGACUACAGAGCCUGCUGUAUUUGGAAUUACAAAACAACCAGCUGAGCAAUAUUGACAGAGAUGCCUUUGGCAGUCUGACUUCUCUACAGGAUCUAAACCUAGCAAACAACCACAUCCCCUCCCUCCCUACCAAGGGCUUAGUCAAUCUUAGAAGUCUGAAGAUAGACCAGAACUAUGAGAUGCGAGCAUUUCCUUCAGUUGUGCAGUUCCCAGUUAUUCAAAGUGUUCAAACUUCCUACACUUACCACUGCUGCCAUUUCAUGAAUGAGGGGAAAUUCCUGGUGUCAUCAGAUUUGUACGUACCAGUGACUAUGAACUGGACAGACUUGUCUGAUUUUCCAUCUAAUCCAAUGUACUCGGGUGAGGCACGGGACAGAGACAGGAGAUCACUUGCUAUAAGCAGGAAAGUACCAGUCCAGUGCACACCUGAACCAGGUCCCCUGAUGCCUUGUAACAAUUUAAUUGAGUGGUGGUCCCUGAGGGUUGGUGUGUGGCUGAUUUUCCUGGUUGGAGCUGUGGGCUGUGCUUGUAUUAUCCUGGUCACCGUGGCCCAGAAGAGAAAGGUGGACACAAACAAGUUCUUGGUGUGUAAUUUAGCUUGCGGUAACCUGUGUGUGGCUGUUUAUCUGGGAUUGUUGACCUCUGUGGAUGCAAGCACAAUAGGUCAGUUUGAGUCUAGUGCCAUAGGCUGGCAGUUUGGUUUGGGAUGUAAGGCAAGUGGCUUUCUGGCAGUGUUUGGCACUCAACUCUCUGUCUUCACAUUACUGUUGAUCACAGUAGAAAGAGUGUAUGCUAUUAUCCAUGCUGCAGACUUGCAGAAAAGAGUCCCUCUCAGGCAUGCAGCUUGUCUUGUGUCAUUUAUAUGGUUGGUUGCUGUGCUGUUUGCUUCUCUGCCUUUGAUUCAUGUCAGCAGCUACUCCAAAUAUGCCAUCUGCCUGCCCAUGGAGAUAGGAGAUGUAGCCUCAAAAGUGUAUGUAUGCAUUUUGGUGGCUAUUGAUGGUGCUGUGUUCAUGAUCAUGAUUGCAUGCUACAUCCAAAUCUGUGUUUCACUCAAAGGCACAGGUCUAGUUAGUUUACAUGACUCCAGAGUAACUAAAAGGAUGGCUGUUCUCAUCUUUACGGACUUGAUCUGUUGGCUGCCCAUCAUGAUCCUUACCCUGGCAGCAGCUGGAUUUGGACAUGUCCUCAUUGGUGCUACAGCAACCAAAGUGAUGGCAUUGUUUGUGUUCCCCCUGAAUUGCUGUGCCAACCCACUCCUGUACAUUACACUGACCAAGCAGUUCAGGCUGGACUGCAUUAGUGUGUGUGGCAAGAAGAGGAAUCAUUACACGGACACUGAAGAUUUUAUCAGGGUCAACAAAACGUGUAACUUAAAGGACUAUGUUGAGGAUGGUUCAAAUACUACGAGAUUGGAGCCUGAUUCUGUGAUGAAAAUGAGAGUCAGUUGCUUCCAUGACAUGUCAGAAAUAGAUCAUCUUCAGAUUAGAGAUUUAGAUGAGGAUAGUGGGUGGGAUGAUGACUUACACCAGUGUUCAGACCAUACUUAUUAUCACAUUAGCAAUGCACGUGAAUGUUUCAACUCAUUUCCAAAAUCUGAAGUUCACAGUUGCAGAACUCAUGCUGCAAGUAAGUGCUGCAACAAGGAUAACUAUCCUGCCAGAGGAGGAACUCCGUAUGAAGAGACCAUCCCCUUGAAAGAGCUUAAUUACAGCCAAAUUCCAAAUUCAGAUUCAGACCUUUGGGAGAGGAGACAUGCCUCUAGCAGAUUCCCCAUUGGUGGGAACAGAUAUGAGAAAUGUUGGCAAAGGAAAAUUGAAGUUCAGAUGAAUCCAUAUGAUGGAGACAACAAAGAUGAACAAAAUUAUGUUCCAAUGUUAGAUAGUACCAGCAUGCUAAAUGGAGACGGACAUUCACUGUAUCUGAAUUUCCCAAACAAAGAGACAGAGUACUUAUCUCGUGAAAGUCAUAAUGUUUCCCUUUGUGAAGGCAAACCACCUGAAUGCUUAAGUAAAACUAUUCAUCCCAGUCACAUGACACCAUUUAAUGUUGGUUUGUAUCCCCCCAAGAAACAACAGGCAUUGUCCCCAAACUACCUCCUGUACGACCCAGAACACAACGAAACACAGGAUCAAAUAUCACCUCUUCAAUCUCAUCCAAAGUCCAUCUCUAGACAGUAUAUGAAUAUUGGAAAGUAUCCCCUUGAUGUCCAGUGUGUUGGUGAGGAUGAGGGGAUGUCUUCUUCUUCCUCAUCUGUGGCAUUGCAGAGAGACUCUGGGUAUAGUGUGUCUGGUUCCGGCUGUGAUUCUUCAGACUCUUGUUCAAAUACAGAAAUGGAACUCGCACAGCAUCAAAAGAAAGAAAUCAUUGUGGAUUGUUGUUCCACAAUUUAAUUUUGUUUGUGCAGCAUUUAAAAAGCAAAAUGGAACAAAAAACACUAUGUUGCCAAAAUUAAGCACUUAAGAAGUUUUUGAUAUUUAUGUUAUACAUGUACCAUAUAAUUUUUGUGCAUUUAAAUGUGAAUAGCUCUUAUAAGUUAAUUUAUACAUUUCUGCAUUUUAUUUGAGAAAGCAACCAGUUUUAAACAGUUGUUACUGCAUUAAUCUAUUAGGUUUGUUGAUGCAGAGCCAAUAUAAUUAUUUAUUUAUCUAUUAAAAGUGCUGUUACACAAACACCUUUCUGCAGUUUUGAUUUCUGUUGUGGGGUCUUUGCUCAAAAUAGCUAUUCAUUGUGGACUGGAAUUCAAACGUUGAAAUAAGA